UAGCGGAAACGGAAAUCAGCAGCUAAUCGGAAUUAAAAUGAACAAAGAGUUUAUCACGCAGGGCGGCACACCCAUUACCGUCGAUUUGGCCACGGAUCUGCGCAAUCUGGUUUUCGGCACCGCCGCCAUUCCCAUGCGCGCCGAAUGGCUCCAAACGUCCUUUGUUUUUGGGGCUCCCAAGGAGGAGCUGGCUUACGGCCUACGUUCGCCCCGGAAUGCCACCCGCGGAUUACUGUCCGUCGUCCAGGGAUUCGUCUUGAAGUAUUUGCUUUUUGCCCGGAAGACCAGUCGCGUCGCUUCCCUCACCGACCCGCUCCUGGCCACCGCCGAUAUGCAACGCGAGGCACUCUUCUGCGCCCUCCUCGAGAUCCUGCGCACCAUCUCGGACAAGGGCAAGGUCACCAUGGUCCUGCCUUCGGAGGAUGAGGUGUUCGUUGAUCACAGCGCCUGCUACUUCCACGAUUCAGUCACUGAGAAGCUCUAUGUUUUUACAUUGUCCCCCAAUGAGGAGUUGGAAUACUUUCUGAAGCGAAAUUUCAAAUACUUUACAGAGGAGGAGACCCCGGGCACCCUGCUGUUUUUAUAUAGCGCCGUCCUCACGCGAUCUAUGGGAAAAGUUCGCACGGACUUGGACUCAGCGAAAUCGGCGCCCCUGACGUCCAGUAACCACGAGGAGGGAUCCCUGAUGAUUGUCACGCUUCUGCUGACGGGUCGUGCCACGCCCUAUAUACACAAUGGUGUUGUAAAUGUGGGCGACGAGAGUAGCUAUGCGGUUCCACAGUACGGAGUCCUAAAACGCUGCAUGAUUGGACUAUUGCUCUGGGACAUCGAGUCUGCUAGUGCUGCGGUGAAUCAGUCCCGCCAGCCGGGUUCCCGCCUGAAGACGCCCAACUAUCCCAUCUGGAUAACCAGCUGCACCGGCCACUACGGCGUGAUCUUCAACAAGAAUCCGGACUUGCUGCGCAACUAUCACGCGGAGUCGCGGUUCGAUGUGAACUACUACAGCUGCUCGGGCCAUCAGAUCCUGAUGACCAUCGACAAUCGCACGUACAACGAGCAGGCAUUGGUCAUGUUGGAGCGGCAACCAAUCACGCCGGACAGUGCCUCGAUGUCCGGAAAGGAGGAGGGCGGUAUGGGGGGCGCAACGUCGCCGACCGCUGUGUCCGUUUCCAUUUCCGGAGGAGGAGGUGCUGCUGCCGGCGGCGGUGUGGGUGGCGCUAGCGGCGGUGUUGGUGGUGCUGCUAGUGGCGCUAGCGGUGGUAACGAUGUGGUCGCCAAGGAGGAGUCGACGCUCAACACGCCGUUGCAGCGUCUGAUUCAUACCAAGUGGGAAGAGGCAACUAUAAGCUUUCACGUGCAGCCAUCGAUGUUGAGUUAUCUUUUUAGUACCACGCAGUAGAAUGCAGUGAAUUGAGAUCAAGUCAGAUGACGAUUAGGAGCUCCUUUGCUAAAGUCAGACCGAUUCACACUCAAGCGCAAGAGAUAUCAUCAAGGACAAGUUAGAUUUGCAAGGGCUUUUGGGUUUUUUUCUUUUAAAAUCACUUAGGAAUCUUCAAAAUCUAAAAACCAAGAAAUAUUUAUUUAAUCAUGCACUUAACAAAAAUAAUAAAAUUAUUUAUGAUCUUUAACAAGAAGUUUAAUUUCUAUAAUAUUUACUUAAAGAAAAUAUUGUCAAUAAUUCGCUGAGUUGUAAAUUUUUUCUGGGUGUACAAACUUUAAAUAUUUAUUAUUAUAAACCAUGAAAGCUUGUUAAAUUUAAGAUUGGACAUGAGAAUGGAACUAUCCUAUUAUUAUUUGCUUAAAUUAAUAUCAGAUCAGAUUAGUUGGUAAUAGAAUUUAAAUCCAUACAUUUAUUAAUUUUUUUACUCAUUUCAAAUUAUUCACUUAGGCAUGUAAGUUUGUUAUGUUGUCUCUUGAACUAUGAUAUAAAUCGACUUUCUUGGCGAAUGACCAAUGCACCCAUGAAUUUAAACAUAUGUUUAUAUCCCUUUGUGGAUAUAGAUUGUUUUUAUUCUUAUACCAAACAAGUAAGUUACAAUGAAGGCACUAAAUAACAUAAUAUAUACAGAAAAUGCUGUAUCCACUUCUAGAGUUCUCGAUUAAAUCUUUUCCAAGUUUAUCUUUAAAGAUCUCCAAGUCAUAGAAAUAGGGUUUCAUCAAGCCCAAAAUAAAUGAUAUGAUAUAGCUUUAAAUACUUACCAGAUUAGUGCCAUAUAAUGUAAGCUUCCUAGAUGAUGCACACUAUUAAGUCUUAGCUAGCACAAAUUGUAGUAGAAUUCUACUGUUGCUGUCUAUCCGAUUUGACACCCGAAUUGGUAUUUGAAAAAGAUAUAUGGUAAAUGGUCGAACACCAAGACAUCGAACCAAAACAGCGAUGGUAAAUACACGUAAAAUAUUCCAAGUAUCUGAUCUGAAUGCGAACGAGCUAAGGCAGAUUUAUGAAUAUAUAUACAUAUACUAUAUAUGGUAUGUUAUGAAAUCAGAAAUCUGCCUGGAUGAGGCCUCUCUUUACGAGAUGAGCGACUGCAGGACUCUAAACCAGUUGAUUGAUGCUGCCGCCUGAAGCCACUAGACGAUAUUAUACUAUCAGAUUUUGUGUAGAUCACCAACAUGCUUCGAAUACUCCAACCG